AUGUACAAAUACAGGGAGUUGGGCUCAGCAGGCGCAGGCACUUACGGUACUGUUAUGAAAUGUCUUGAUCUGACAAACGGGCAGUCGGUGGCGGUGAAGAGGCUGCGUGACACAAUGACUGGACAUCGAGGUGCCCACGACCAGAGACACUGCGAGAUGAUGGUGCGCGAGAUUUGUCUUUUGCGGGCACUCAAUGACGAUCAUGUGGUACCAAUGAUUGAAGCAUUCAGGCACCAUGGUCACGUUCAUAUGGUGUUCCCAUUGAUGCGAUACAACCUUUACAGAUAUUUGGAGUUAAACGGGGGAUCUUUAACAAUAGACGCCACUAAAGAAUGUAUAUACCAAGUAAGUAUAUUUCCAUGA